UAUAUAACGACGCAAGUACAAAGAACAGAGACAUAUUUACUACGGAGAAGAUGAUAUUCGCAAUAGUUGUCAUAUUUCUGCUAGGACUGUGCAGGGCGCAAACGUGCGAAAAGAAGGUGGAGCGCCUUCAAAUUCAGGUCAACGAGCUCAGUGAGCAGGUUAGUCGCCAGAUGGCGCUAAUAGAGACGAUGCAGACCAGUAUGGAGAGCCACGUGCACGGUCGCUCUGUAGAGAAACGUGCGGGGACAGCCAGCGUGGCCUUCAUGGCAAACCUGGAUCAUACAGUGGAGGUACUUCACGUCAACCAGCGCAUCGAGUUCAACAACGUGAUGUUAAAUACCGGAGGAGGAUACUCCAGCAGUGGCCUGUUCAUUGCACCCGUUAGCGGCACAUACCUGUUCGCGUUUUCAAUUCACAUGAAUCGGUAUCAACAGAUAUUUACACAACUGAUGAUCAAUGGGAACCCUGUGAAUUCAGCCAUCACCGAAUCUUUCAGCAAUUAUGGUGACACCCAGGGUACCGCCGUGUCAAUUGCGUAUGUGAAUGCAGGAUGGCAUGUUUGGGUGGAGAUGUUUCAUGACCAACAGACGAGGAUUGAGGGAAGUUACGGAGGAAGUUCUUUCUGUGGCACGCUCUUAGCGUAACAGCCAAGCAACGAGACUACCAUUAUGCAUUCAUUUCUCUCCUUACUUUGGUAACAUAUAUUGGAAAGAUUCUAUUAAACAAUACAAAAUAAGAA